CAACUUCCUUUUGGAGCAAAUACUUUCUGCACUAAUUUCAGUUUUCAGCAGAGGGAAGCUAGACGGAGUAAGCAGUGUCAGCUCAUCAAAGUAUCACUAACGAUCCCCAAAAUGAGACUUCCAGCAAAGGUGCUCUGGUUUGUGAUAUGCACUGUCUGUGUAGCACAAGAUUGUAAAGAACCUCCUCCAAAAAAAAAUAUAGAAAUUCUGUCAGGUUCAUGGAAUGAACAAACAUACCCAGAGGGUACUCAGGCUGUUUAUAAAUGCCGACCUGGAUACAGAACUCUUGGAACUAUUGUGAUGACAUGCAGGAAUGGAGAAUGGGUGGCUGUUAACCCUGCAAGAGUGUGUCGGAAAAAGCCCUGUGGACAUCCUGGAGAUACUCCCUUUGGAUCUUUUCAUCUCACAGUAGGAAAUGAGUUUGAAUUUGGAGCAAAGGUUGUUUAUACAUGUAACAAGGGGUAUAGAAUGUUAGGUGACAUUGACUACCGUGAAUGUGCAGUAGAUGGAUGGACCAAUGAUAUUCCUUUAUGUGAAGUUGUGAAGUGCUUGCCAGUGAAAGAACCAGAGAAUGGGAAAAUUAUCAGUGAAUUGGAACCAGACCAGGAAUAUUUCUUUGGACAAGUGAUACAGUUUGAAUGUAAUUCAGGCCUCAAACUCGAUGGAGAUAAGCAAAUACAAUGCUCAGAAAAUGGUAUUUGGAGUGGAAUAAAACCACAAUGUGUAGAAAUUUCCUGCAAUUCUCCAGUAAUUACAAAUGGGCAUAGUCUUUCUCAGAAGAAAACUUAUAAGAACAAUGAACGAUUACAAUAUAAAUGUAACCCAGGUUUUGAAUAUACUGAAAGAGGAGAUACGGUGUGCACUAGCAGUGGAUGGAGUCCAGAACCUUCAUGUAAAGAAGUAACAUGUAAUGUUCCUUAUAUUCCAAAUGGAUCCUACUCACCGAAAAGGAUUCAACACAGAACUGGAGAUGAAAUCAGAUAUGAGUGUAAAGCAGGUUUUUAUCCUGCAACCCGGGGAAAUACAGCAAGAUGCACGGGUAGUGGCUGGGUGCCUGGUCCAAGAUGUAGCUUGAAACCCUGUGAUUUUCCACAAAUAAAUCAUGGAGGUCUGUAUUAUGAAGACAGAUAUAGACCAUACUUUCCAGUAGCUGUAGGAGAACAUUUUACCUAUCACUGCGACACUGAUUUUGUGACUCCUUCAAAUUCAUACUGGGGUUACAUUCAAUGCACCAAAGAAGGAUGGUCACCGGUGGUGCCCUGUCUCAGAAAAUGUACUUUCAGUUAUGUGGAAAAUGGAUAUCGUCCGUCUUCAGAAAGAACAUAUUCACAGAAUGAAUCUGUCAAAGUUGACUGCUAUCCGGGCUAUAGUCUUCCAAAUGAGCAGACCAAAAUCACAUGUACAGAGAAUGGCUGGUCCCCUCUCCCCAAGUGCAUACAUGUCAAAACAUGUUCAAAAUUAGAUAUAGAAGUGGAGAAUGGGUUUAUGUCUGAAUAUGAUUUUACAUAUGCCCUAAACAGAAAAACAGAAUAUAGGUGUAAGCCAGGAUAUGUAACCACAGAUGGGGAAACAUCAGGAUCAGUCACAUGCCUGCAGAGUGGAUGGUCCCAUCAACCCACAUGCGUUAAAUCUUGUGAAAUGCCAGUGUUUGAGAAUUCCAGAGCCAAAAACAAUAGCAUAUGGUAUAAGCUUGGUGACAGAUUGGAAUAUGAGUGCCAUGAUGGAUAUGAAAACACAGAUGGACAGACCAAAGGCACCAUAGAAUGUGGUUACAAUGGUUGGACUGAUUUACCCACAUGUUAUGAAAGAGAAUGCAGAGUUCCUCAAGUAGGAAAAGAUUUAGUUGUUAUUGAUGCCAAGAAUGAAAAAUACAGAGUUGGAGACGUGCUGAAAUUCACCUGCAGACCGGGGCUUAGAAGAGUGGGACCAGAUUCAAUGCAGUGUUACCACUUUGGAUGGUCCCCUAAUGUUCCAACAUGUAAAGGGCAAGUACAGUCAUGUAGUUCACCUCCUCAGCUCCUCAAUGGACAAGUUAAAGGAACAAAGAAACAAGAAUAUGAACACAGUGAGGUUGUAGAAUAUGAUUGCAAUACAAGAUUUCUGUUGAAAGGGCCUCAUAAAAUUGAGUGUGUUGAUGGAAAUUGGACAACCUUACCAACGUGUAUUGAAGAGGAAAGCACAUGUGGAGAUAUUCCUGACCUGGAGCACGGCUACGUUGAGCCUUCUGCCCCUCCCUAUCACCAUGGAGAUUCAGUGGUGUUCAGCUGCAGAGAAACAUUUACAAUGAUUGGACACAGAUCAAUUACAUGCAUUAAUGGAACAUGGACUCAACUUCCUCAGUGUGUUGCGACAGAUCAACUUGAGAAGUGUGUAGUAUCAGAUUCAAUUGCAAGUGAGACAAACCUAUCAAAUAAGAAUGAAUAUAAUCAUAACUCCAACGUAAGUUACAGAUGUCGGGGAAAAUCAGGAAAUAAACACUCAAUCUGCAUAAAUGGAAGAUGGGAUCCCAAACUAACUUGCACAGUAAAAACAGAACCAUGCCCACCGCCACCUCAGAUUCCCUAUUCUCAAAAUAUGACAACCACAGUGAAUUAUCAGGAUGGAGAAAAAAUGUCUAUUCUUUGUCAAGAAAAUUAUCUAAUUCAAGGAGCAGAGGAAAUUGUGUGCAAAGAUGGAAGAUGGCAAUCAAUACCUCGCUGUGCUGAAAAAAGCCCAUGUUCUAAACCGCCUGACAUAGACCAUGGAAGAAUUAGAUCAUCUAUACUUCCAGAAGAAGGGGAAGGCAGAGUUUACCCACAUGGCACGAAAUUAAGUUAUAUUUGUGAAGAUGGUUUCAGCAUAUCUGGAGGAGAUGGAAUAACGUGCCACAUGGGAAAAUGGAGUUCUCCACCUCACUGUGUAGGACUUCCUUGUGGCUCUCCACCUGAGAUUUCUAAUGGUGUUGCAUCUGACAUGUCGAACAGUUACCAGUAUGGAGAAGAAGUUAUAUACAGGUGCUCCAAAGGUUUUGGAAUUGAUGGACCUGCAUUUGCAACAUGUUUAGGAAGAAAAUGGUCACCACCACCAGAAUGCAUAAAAACAGAUUGUGUAAAUUUACCCAGCUUUGACGGUGCCAUACCCAUAGGCAAGAAAAAGAAGUCAUAUAGAUCAGGAGAACAAGUGAGUUAUACAUGUCCAGAAAAUUACAGAUUGGAUGGGCCUGGUGUUAUAACAUGUAUUAACAGCAGAUGGAUAGGAAAGCCAACGUGCAAAGAUGUUUCCUGUGUGAAUCCACCUAGUGUGAACAAUGCUAUUAUAAUAUCACAUAAGAUGGCCAGAUACCCUUCUGGUGAGAAAGUACGUUAUGAAUGUAAACAACCUUUUGACAUGUAUGGGGAAGUAGAAGUAAUGUGUCUAAACGGAACCUGGACCGAACCACCUCAAUGCAAAGAUUCUACAGGAAAAUGUGGACCUCCUCCCCCAAUUGAAAAUGGAGACAUCACUUCAUUGUCAUUACCAGUGUAUACUUCAGGUUCAUCCGUGGAGUAUCAGUGCCAGUCCUUGUAUCAACUUGAAGGGGAGAAGAAAAUAAUGUGCAGAAAUGGAAAGUGGGGAAAACCACCAAAAUGCUUGCAUGCAUGCAUAAUAUCAGAAGAAAUGAUGGAAAAAUAUAACAUAACAUUGAAGUGGAAAGAAAGACAAAAGCUUUAUUCCCAAACAGGGGACACAGUUGAAUUUAAAUGUAAACACGGAUAUCGUCCAGCAACUUCUCAGUCAUUUCGAAAAACAUGUCAGGAUGGCAAGCUGGAGUAUCCCAGUUGUGAGAAAAAUACAAGAAGAUAUUACUUUUAUCAUUCAGCAGUUUCAUUUCCUUUGACAGCAACAAAUGAACGCUGUGACCGCACCCAUCGUUCUCGACUGAAAUUACUUCACCGAAGCAGUUUCCCGGUAGUCACUGACACUCAAAGUCACAUUCGAAACGGCUGUGAGAGUGGGAUUCAAAGCAGCAGCACCAAGGGAUUUUCCAACAUGUUUCUCCUCGUCAAUGUCAUACUGAUCUUAGGCUUUUCCACUGUUGGGGGACAAGUGGGAUUUUGUGAUUUUCCAAAAAUAAACCAUGGCAUUCUAUAUGAUCAAAAGAAGUACAAUGCAUUUUUGCCAGUUCCUAUACGGACAAUUUUCUAUUACUCCUGUGAAUAUAAUUUUUUUUCCCCUUUGAAGUCCUAUUGGACUCGGAUUACAUGCACUGAGAAAGGAUGGUCGCCAACACCGAGGUGCCUCCGACUGUGUUUUUUACCCUUUGUGGAAAAUGGUCAUUCUGCAUCUUCAGGAAAAACACACAUGGAAGGUGACGUCGUGCACAUUGUUUGUGAUAGAGGCUACAGCCUUCAAAACGGGGAGAAUACCAUUGAGUGUGCAGAGACAGGCUGGUCUGCUCCUCCUGAAUGCAGCUCCACUAAAAAGUGUUUAACAUCAGACAUUGUAAUUGACAAUGGGUUUUUGGCUGAAUCAGACUACACUUAUCCUUUAAAUAAAGAAACACAAUUUAAGUGUAAACCAGGAUAUAUAACAGCAGAUGGAAAGACCUCUGGGACAGUUAAAUGUUUGCAAGAUGGGUGGUCUAUGCAACCUACUUGUAUUAAGUAUUGUGAUAUGCCAGUAUUGAUGAAUGCCAGAAUCAGAAAUGACAGAACAUGGUUUAUGCUCAAUGAGCAGCUGGAGUAUGAGUGCAACGAUGGCUAUAAAAGCAGAGAUGGAGGUCCCACAGGUUCCACAGUAUGUGGUGAGGAUGGCUGGUCCCAUUUGCCCAUGUGCUACGAAGUAGAAUGUCCUCUUCCAUUUUUAGAAGCAAAUUUAGAUGCUCACCCAAAACAAGAAAAAUACAAAGUUGGGGAUGUGUUGAAAUUUUCCUGCAGACAAAGAUUUACAAGAGUUGGACCAGAUUCAGUUCAGUGCUACCAAUUUGGAUGGUCACCUAAUUUUCCAACAUGCAAAGGGCAAGUACAACCAUGCGGUCCACCUCCCCAGCUCCCCAACGGUAAAGUAAAGGACACAAGGAAAGAAGACUAUGGACAUGGUGAAGUGGUACAAUAUGACUGCAAUUCCCCUUUUACAAUGAAAGGGCCUGAGAAAAUACAAUGUGUGGAUGGAGAAUGGACAACCUUGCCCAUUUGUGUUGACGCAGUGAAAACAUGUGGCCAUUUACCCAAACUUGAGCAUGGCUAUGCCCAGCCCUCUGUACUUCCCUAUCAACAUGGAGCUUCAGUAGAGCUGAGUUGCAGAAAUACACAUACAAUGAUUGGAAACCACAUAGUUUCCUGCAUCAGUGGAAUGUGGACAGAAUUUCCUAAAUGUGUUGCCACACAUCGACUCAAGAACUGUACAAGAUCAAGUCUUGGUACAAGAAUAUUCUUUAGACCAUAUUUAACUGAAUUUACUCAUAACACCACGGUAAAUUACAGAUGCAUUGGGACCCACAGCUACAUGCAAACAGUGUGCGUAAAUGGGAAAUGGAAUCCUGAGCCAGCCUGCACAGAAAGGAAGAAACAGCUCUGCCCACCUCCACCUCAGAUACCUCACGCUCAGAAUAUGACAACCACAGUGAAUUAUCAGGAUGGAGAAAAAGUAGCUAUUCUCUGUAAAGAAAAUUUUCUACUUCAAGAAGCAAAGGAAAUUGUAUGUAAAAAUGGACAAUGGCAGUCAUUACCACAGUGUAUUGACUCUACACAGAGUUGUGGGCCCCCUCCGUCUAUUGACAAUGGUGAUAUCACCUCAUUCCCACUGUCAAUAUAUACUUCAGGAUCGAGAGUGAGAUAUCGUUGCCAGUCCUUCUAUGAACUCCAGGGCUCCAGAGAUGUUACAUGCAGCAACGGCCAGUGGUCAGAACCACCAAAGUGCCUAGAUGCAUGUGUAAUAUCAGAAGAAAAUAUGAACAGAAAUAACAUACAAUUAAAGUGGACAAACAACAAAAAACUUUAUGCAAAAACAGGAGCCAUUGUUGAAUUUGAGUGUAAAUUGGCACAUAAAGCAAAGAGACUGUCACCAUCAUUUCGGGCAAUCUGUCAGGAAGGGAAAUUUGAGUAUCCCAUAUGUGAGUGAGAAAACCACAAUUUCGCUGAAACUAUUUUAACAGUCGUCAUAAAUGCAUGUUUAAAUGUC